AUGAAAAAAUCAGUUGAAAUCAACAUGAGCGAAACUACUCCAAAUAACACAAGCAACAACAACAACAACAACAACAACAACAACAACAACAACAACAACAACAACAACAACAACAACAACAACAACAACAACAACAACAACAACAACAACAACAAUCAUAAUAAUAAUAACAAUACCAACAAUAACAAUAUAGAUACAUUCUCACAAAAAGCAUCAAAUGAUAUAGUUAAACCAAUAUUACCAGUCACAGAAGACCUUCAAAAUUCUACUAAAGAGAUGUUUACAAAAGUAUCUUCAUAUAUUAAAAGUGAAUUAGCAACUACUGUAUCAGAUUAUAACCUUUUAAUUCAAAUGAACAAUAUAACAUCAUCAAAAUACCAAGAUAUGACAAAUGUAACUAAAGGUUUAUCCGUUUUUAUGGGUGAUUUAAAGAUCAAAUAUGAAGAAUUUCAACCAUAUUUCGAUAAAAUUAAUGAACUUGAUAAAAAUGUAACCGAUUUAGAGAAAACAGUACAAUUAUUAGAUGAAUAUACUAAAAGAUUGGAACAAAAAGUUAAAAAUAUUGAUAAAAGUUCUUUACUUCCAACUAAACAAAUUCAACCACCACAACCAAUACCACAACAACAACCAGCACAACCAGCACAACCAACACAACCAACACAACCAGCACAACAACCAUCUCAAGUAUCAACAGAAACUAAGCCUCAAGAAAAUAUAGAAAAUAAAUAA